AUGUCCUUCGUUGAAACAUUCCUUCAUCCGUCCAAGCUACUGCAGUUUGACUAUGUAAGCCACAUAAGCUAUGGGAGCUACUGCGAGAGAUUUGUUUCGGGUACACCUGCAGAAAAACGUGAAGAUGUCUUCAUGAGUGUGACAAACUUUACCUCCAUCGCGACGUAUGGUGCACGAUUCCUCACUCUUGACCUUAGCCUACAGUGCACGUUCCGGUGGGUCUUCAUCGCAGCCAACGUCAAUCAGCCUAUCCACGGCUGUGGCUUCCCGAUCCAUUUCGACCUCGACUUCAGCAUGCGCUGCCGUCAGCUGGUGUAUAGCAAGAUGCGACAUUCCAUCCCAGGCAAUCUGUCGGCUGUAGCUCCCAAUGGCAUCCGCACGCUGAUUCCACAAUGUCCGUACGCUCGCAUCGACAAAGACUUUCCUGAGGUGACGAGGCCCUGCAAUUUCAACCACCCACCCAAGCGCAGCGUUACCCACAACAUUGUCACGCAUGGUCCACCCGUCGCAGCUCGUCCGCCCCUCCUGUUCGAUGAACAUCUGGCCAUUCCUCAAUGGGAAUCUGAGCACGUGCUCAAGCUUAGUGUUAUUCGCCCUUCGUCGAGCAGUUAG